AUGUGUUCGGUAGCAACGAUGCCAGCGGAGCUGAUUUUGGGACAUAGUCCCCCGGUUUAUAAUCCACUUUUAUACAGCUCCUUAAUGGUUAAAACACCGCCGAUCACCAAUAGAUCGGUACCACCACGAAUACGUCCAUGUCUUUCUGUUGGGUCACUUAAUUUGGAUGGUUUAUUGAAAAACAAUCACGAUGUUAUAAAUAAACGAAAAAAACGAGUGGUAUUUGCUGACGAUCGUGGACGUCCUCUCACUGAGGUACGCGUUAUGAAAGAACCAAGUAAUGUACCACCCCUAUGGACAAAUACAUUUGUUGAAAAAGUUCUUCAAUGUAAAUUGGAAUUUAGCGAAAAAUUAUUAUCAACAAAUGGCCAAUAUCCAUGGGAAAUGUGUUUUUCACCACCUGCCAGUGAUUAUUUAACGUAUCGACGAAAAUUGGAUCAAGAUGCAGUAAGUCUUGAGAAUGUAAUUAUUCGUGAGGCUGAUCAGUGUCUCAUGGGCACAGUGAAGGUUAAAAAUCUUUCUUAUGACAAGGAAGUGGUCAUAAGAGUGAGUACAGAUUCUUGGACAACACACGAAGACGUGCAAUGCAAUUUUGUUGAUCAGCCCGCCCAUCAGCAAAUGUUAACAAAUCUUUACGACACCUUUCGCUUUAGUCUGACCUUACCUGCCAAGUCGAAUGUCAUUGAAUUUUGUGUGCGUUAUCGCACAAAUGGCUCUGAAUUUUGGGACAAUAAUGCCACCAAAAAUUAUAUUGUCAAGAAAAAGCAGGUCGUGCUACAAAAUCGUGAUGAAUUGAAAAAAAGCGAUGAAACGCUUAUAAAGGCAAUGCACAAUCGUACAAAUGUCAUUGAGGAUGCUUUGAGGGUGAAUAUUCCUACGUGGAGUGAAUUUGCUUCGUGGCAGCAUCUUUCAAAUGAUGCACCUUAUUGGUGACACCAUUCUCUUUUUAUGCAAGUGCACUAUUAUCAAGAUCUUCACGUUUAUCUACAAGAAAAAAAAAAAAAAAAUACCAUCUGCGUGUAAAUUUUGGAGAUUAAUGCCUGUAGUGAAUUGUCAUCAGUUUGCUCCAUAAAAAUAUGAAUUAUUCAAGAAAAUCAACAAUAAGAGAGAAAAAGAUCAAAAACUUUAUACGGAAAUAAAGAAAUUGAAGGCAAUUGAAAAAAUAAACAAAAAAAAACACAAACAAAUUUAUAAAAAGCAUAGGCACAAAAAAUUCGAGAAAAGAGUGAACGCAAUUUGGAUUAAAGUGAUUCUUACAAAAAUGGAGUCUUCCAAUAAAUAUUUUUUGAAGGGCUGAAGCAGAAGAUGAUCAUUUUAUCCAAUUUGAUAGUGCAAAUUUUUUCGUUAAAAAUAAAAUACGGAAGAAUUAAUUCACAAUAAAUUCAAUGAUAGAUAAAUGACAAUAAUAAUUUUUUUUUAAUAAAUAUUAUUAAAAUUGUUAUUUGUAUAGAAUUAAUGAGUGAAAAUGAAAAAAAAAAAUUUCAAUUGCUAGCCAAAUAAAAAUGAACAAAUGAAUGUUCUUUUUAAUUCACAUGAAAAUAAAUGUGAAAAUUGGUCAAUUAUUAGAAUUAGAUGGCAAAUUAUUAUCUCCAAUAUCUGUGUGUGAAAAUAAAAAGAAUGAGAAAGAAAAUUAAUAUUUGAAUGUGAAAAAAGAUAGACGAUCUGUGAGAGACUGGUGAAUUUGUGUAUUAUGUAAAUAGUGUGUCAGGGAGGGAAGGUGAAUAUAGAGCGGAGACUUCUGGUAAUACGUGUAAUAUACAGAGUUUUAAGACUGAUAAUUUAAUUUUUAUUUUAAUUUCAUUUUCUGAAAUAU